AUGGCCUGCGCCGGUGGAGCCGGGGAGCGGGAGCCACUGCCGAGUCGGAAGAUGGAGUUGGAGCCCCCCGGGCGCCCGCCGCUGCCGGGGAAAACUCAGAGGCGUGCGCCAGUGCACGUGAAGCCCCCCAGGGCAGCCCCCAGCCCUCGGGAGCAGCAGCACCCCUUCUCCAGUGCGGCCCCCGCCCCCCCCGCCCCCAUGCCGGCCGCCCCGGGGGGCCACCCGCCUCGGCCCCCCGACUCGGCCCUCAUCUACAGCAACGUGGGAGAGCUGCGGGCCCACCUUGUCCCCCGCAAGGCCAGCCGAGGGGAAAGAGCCGGGAGACCCCCCUCUCAGCCCAACUGCGACCCCCUGCCUCCCCCAUUGCCGAAAAAGCAACUCCAGCGAGCCGAGUCCCUCCCGGAGCAGGGGCUAUCGCAGCACUAUCGGGGUGACCCCACAACAUGGGCCAGCAGCAUCCUCCACAGCACCCCACUGCCGCACGUGGAGGGGGGUCCCAGCUGCAUCCCCCCACGGGACAGACCCUCCUGGGGACCCAAGAAGCCCCUGACCAAGUCCCAAAGCCUGGGGGAACCGCGCUGGGCAGCGCUCAGCGUGCUGGACCGGGAGCCGUGCUGCGAAAGCGGGGAUGCCUGGUACUUCCGAGUGGGUUUCACUUUUGGGCAAAGCCAGCUGGUGUGUGCAGCCAAGGUCCCCAAGCCGUGCUGCGCCAGCCUGAGGGUGCAGAGCUCCCUCGGGGCGCACUGCAGCAUCCAGCGCCUGAUCGGCCGCUUCACCGACCGCCUCCCUUGGGAGCUGGUGCUCCCGGGAAGCCCUGGGGAGCAGAGUCGGUCUCCUUCCGGAGAGCAGCCGGCCCAUCUUGCCACCUGCCCUGUCCUGCAGGUCCUCAUUUCUCCUGAGGUUCCCUACCAGACCCUGGCAGGCUUUGUGAAGGGAUCCCGUGGUUUGCACCGGACCAGCCCUGGGCAUUACGAACGCCUGGCUUGCCUCCUCCUCCUGCAGGUGUGCAUGGGGCUGGAGCACCUCCGGGUGCAGAACAUGGGGCAGGGAGACCUCUGCCCGGAGAACCUGCUGCUGGUGCAGUGCCCGUGUCCUGCCCAGAGCCAGCAAGGCAAGGAGGCAUCCCUGGGGCUGUCCCUUCCGAGGCUGCUCAUCAGCAGCUUCUUCAAGGUUAAAGAUAAGCGAAGACCUUAUUCUACCAGCCAAGAGCAGGACUGGACCGAGGGUCUUGCUGCAUCACCCUCCCCAGUGGCAGACGAGCUGAAUGUAGGCAUGCUGAUCUAUGAGAUCUUGCACGUGGACAUCUCUCUGGAGAACGCCUUGGAGUUCAGAAGCAACAGACUUCCUGAGAUCCCCUCCCUGUCCAUCUAUUCCACGGGACUCAAGCGUCUGGCCAUGCUGCUUCUCCACAGAGAUCCCUGCAAGAGGGUCUCCAUCGAGCAGGCAAAGAGCAUCCUGCAGGUCCUGCUCUGGGGGCCUCGCCAGGAGCUCUUCGCCAGGAGCAAGAAGACCCUCCCCCUGCUCCGGAGCUGGGUGGAGGUGAAGAGGGCUCUGCUGCUCCUGAAGUUGGCAGAGAAUUCGGCCGGGGCGGUGGGGAGCCCCGGCCUCGAGGAGUGGCUGUGCUGCCAGUACUUCAAGGAGGUCACCGAACACACGCUCUACCAAGUCACCCAGGCUCUCUACACGCCCUAA